GCGGGGGGCGGUGGCAGCACGCUCGGUUGUGAGUGAGCGAGGGAGGGAGUGUAUGUGUGUGUGUGUGAGUGCGUGUGUGCGAGCGAGUGCCAUGGCCGGAGCCCGCUGAGAGUGACAAUAGGAGCGAGCCGGAGCGCGACCCCGACACCCACCGGGAUCCCGUCUCUCACCUGAGGCAGCCUCGAGCAGAAGAGCCCUUCCCUCCCUUCUCGGCGCCGCCCGCACCGCGCCCGCCGCUCCCCCUCGCCUCGACUCGGCUCGGCUCCCCCCCGCUUCCCCCCCCUCCGCCCCCCCCCUCCUCCCCUCCGCCGCCUCCUCAGGGCCCCUCCGCAGGGCUCCGCCGGGAAUGUGAGUGAGGCAGCGGGCAUCGCAGGCAGGGGGCCGCGCCGAGUGCAUGGGACUGAGCGCAGCCCGAGCAGCCGCCCGCUCCUGAAGCCGCCGCCAACGCCGCCCUGCGCCGGGGAGGCCGCCAACGCCGCCGAGGCCUACAGGCUGCUGCGUACCGCGCUCCAGGCAUCGGCCGCGCUCCGCCGAGCCCGGCUCAGGCCGUCGCCGCCUCCCCCCCGUCUUCGGCUUCUCAACCAGGAGGGUCAAGUAGGGAUAUGUCCUCAGCACCAACAACUCCUCCAUCAGUGGAUAAAGUAGACGGAUUUUCUCGGAAGUCCGUCAGAAAAGCCAGACAGAAGAGGUCACAAAGCUCCUCCCAGUUUAGGUCUCAGGGCAAGCCUAUCGAGUUAACUCCCCUGCCUCUGCUGAAAGACGUUCCAUCUUCAGAGCAGCCUGAACUGUUCCUGAAGAAACUUCAACAGUGCUGUGUCAUUUUUGACUUCAUGGACACGCUUUCAGACCUUAAAAUGAAAGAAUACAAGCGCUCCACUCUUAAUGAACUGGUCGACUACAUUACAAUAAGCAGAGGAUGUUUGACAGAGCAGACUUACCCUGAAGUAGUUAGAAUGGUAUCUUGCAAUAUCUUCAGAACUCUCCCACCUAGUGACAGCAAUGAAUUUGAUCCAGAAGAAGAUGAACCCACCUUGGAGGCAUCAUGGCCACAUCUACAGCUUGUAUAUGAGUUUUUCAUACGAUUUUUGGAAAGCCAAGAAUUUCAGCCCAGCAUUGCCAAAAAGUACAUAGAUCAGAAAUUUGUAUUGCAGUUGUUGGAGCUGUUUGACAGUGAAGACCCUCGAGAACGGGACUACCUAAAAACAGUCUUGCACAGAAUUUAUGGCAAGUUUCUGGGUCUUAGAGCAUUUAUCCGAAAACAGAUUAAUAAUAUUUUUCUACGAUUUGUUUAUGAAACUGAACACUUCAAUGGCGUAGCUGAGCUGUUGGAAAUUUUAGGAAGUAUUAUCAAUGGUUUUGCUUUACCUCUUAAGGCAGAGCAUAAACAGUUUCUGGUGAAGGUGCUGAUUCCUUUGCAUACUGUCAGGAGUUUAUCACUCUUCCAUGCACAGCUGGCAUAUUGCAUAGUACAGUUUCUGGAGAAAGACCCCUCACUCACAGAACCAGUCAUCAGAGGCUUAAUGAAAUUCUGGCCGAAAACUUGCAGUCAGAAAGAGGUCAUGUUCCUAGGAGAGCUGGAGGAAAUCUUGGAUGUAAUUGAACCAUCACAAUUUGUCAAAAUCCAGGAACCCUUGUUUAAACAAAUUGCCAAGUGUGUCUCUAGCCCUCAUUUUCAGGUGGCUGAAAGAGCACUGUACUAUUGGAAUAAUGAAUACAUCAUGAGCUUGAUAGAGGAGAAUUCAAAUGUCAUACUUCCCAUCAUGUUUUCCAGCCUUUAUAGGAUUUCUAAAGAGCACUGGAAUCCGGCUAUUGUGGCUUUAGUCUACAAUGUGUUGAAGGCAUUUAUGGAAAUGAACAGCACCAUGUUUGAUGAGCUGACAGCCACUUACAAGUCAGAUCGUCAGCGUGAGAAGAAGAAAGAAAAAGAGCGUGAAGAACUGUGGAAAAAACUGGAGGAUUUGGAAUUAAAGAGAGGUCUUAGACGUGAUGGAAUAAUUCCAACUUAACAAAAAAACAAAACAGCAUUAUUAACCUGUGGAGUCACACAUUUAUGUAGUAGAAGAUGGAGCAACAGUUUUCUGUAUUGUGCAACUUUACAGUAGAUUUCACAUUUGUUUCAUUAUUACAACAGCACUGUAUAUACCUGUCUCUAAGUAAAGGAAAAAAUAAGGACUUUAAUCCAAAGUUUGGACAGCAGAUGGACUUCUCAGAACUUUGCAAACAUAAUCAUUGUUUUAACCCUUCUUUAAAACCAGUCUUCAAAGAUCUGUUGAUGAAAAUUGCAAUGUCAGAUUUCAUUGUCAGGACCUGUUCCUUAUUUAUCGUUAGCAGAGAGUAUAAUACAACUUUCAAAUGUGAACAAUCUUAAAAUUUAGCUUGUCUUUCUGCUAAACUGUUAAGUGUAUUUAUAGUAAAAGAGAAAAAAGACUGUCAUUUCCUUAUGAGUUUGUGUAACAUCCUCCUUCUCUGGAUAACUUUACUGUAAUUUGACUUUUUUUUUUUUUUUUUCCUUUCCUUUUGCACAUCUUCAUCAAUUGAAUGUCCAUUCAGAUCAGGACCAUGAAAAAAACAAACACAUAGGUCCUGAAUAAAAGUUUUGUUUACUGGUGUGAGCAUUUUUUAGUACCAGUCUGUCUCUGGUGCUUCUUUAAUUUGAACAUUAGGAGCUAAAUAAAAAACAACAAGUAGGUGAUAAACAUAGUAGGUAAGGGGAGCUUUGGAUUCAUGCACCUAUUUAUUGCAAAUCCAAAUUAGUGUCCACAAUCCUUGAAAAAUGAACGGUGGUAACACCCUAGAUUUCAGUACCUAACCAGUAUUAGUGUUAUGGCAUUGGACACACAUACCUGUUUUAGAAAUACUAAUUCCUAAAUUACUACAGUAUGUUCUAAUUGGACCAUUUUGAAAGAAUAAAGACAAACGCUAAACAGUGCAAGCAUGAAAUUGAUCUCCAGUGGUCAUGGAUCUAAUUGGGAAAUGAGUUGAGAUAGCAGUUUGGACUGUUUGGAGUUGUUGCCUUACUUUUUAAUAUGUAUUUAUAAAGUGUUCCAGCAAAAGAGGAUGUAGCCUCUAAGAAACAUACUAUAGUGUUUUUGUGGUUCUAGUACUAUUACUCAUCACAGUACCAGCCCUAUGGUCCUAGCUGGAAAGGAUUCUGGAUAAUAUUACUUCUGCAUUCUCAUCUGGAUGCUCAUUCCUAACUACUGUAUUUGUUACCAAAAGUGGUUCUACAAAUGCUACUGAAAAAGAAAAAAAUAAUUCUGGAAAUCCUAAUGUUCUGAGUAUUAAUAAUAAAGCUUUUAUAUCAAAGGUGCAUUGUGACCAAAUUGUUUAAAACAAAAGAAAAAAAAAAAACAAAAACAAGAAAAAAUAAAUAAUAAAGAAGAGGGCUGUAUUAUAAGUAUACAUUAUUGGCUAUCUGCUUUGUAUUUAAAAGUGGAAUUUACAUCUUUGGUAGGUAAAACGCUGAUAAAACUUAUGUACAGUAAAUAUUUAGCUAAUGCAGUUGCAUUAUUAUAUACCGAAAGGUAUGUGUUUUGGGAUUUACUCCAGGAUGCUUUUGAACUGUUAUGGUCAUAUGACAACAGUGAAUUGAUAAUCCUAAACCAUCAAUCCAGCAGUAUUUACAGUAUAAAACUCAAUUGGUGUUCAUGAGUCUUUGUGAUAGUUGCAAACAUGAAUUUAUGACCUGUUGCCAUUGAUAGAAAUACAGUAUAAAUACAUGCUUGUAUAUUUUUCUUCCUACCAUUUAAGUAUACAGUAGGAUUUGAAGUUUUCUUGUUUCCAGGCAUGGAAAAGAGGAGGAAAGAAAAAGGAAUUCCCUCCUUGACUACUGACUGUUUCGGGAUUAUCAGGUCACAGUUUGUACUCCUGGGUCUGCACACACAAAUGUUGUAAACUCAACAGUUUUGUAAAAACUUGGCACUGUUAAUUCUGGGACAGGGAAAAAAAAACAAUAAUAACAAUAGGUGGAUCUAAUCAUAUGCAACACCCAACACAACAUGGUUUAAUGGGAUUAACGAGCUUCUAAGAACACUGGCUGGGACACAGUGUAAAUUAGACAGUUACUGUCAUAGUUGAAACUUUUUAUUUUGAAGUGCUGAAGCAAAGGUGCAAGCUGAGAUGCUGAAGAUUAAAUAAAUUUAUAACAAAUCACGUCCCUUAUCCCAUUGAUUUUGACAGUCUUUUAUUUCUGUUACAAAAGAAAUAUUUGCUAAUGUGAUUUCUGUGUGGAAUUAUCACGAUUUACAAGAGGAUGGAUUGAAUCGUGCUUACGGACUGUUUGGUUGUGAAAAAUUGAGAUGUGAUGGAAAUUAAAGAAGUUUUCCACCUGGUGGAGUAAAGCAGAACGAUGUGAAAUUAGAAAAAGCACCUUGUCCUGUACUUAGAGUUUUAGGUGAGUGUUGUUUGUUCAUAACUUUAUGGUUUUGACAUGACGUUCUGGUAUUGGUCACACACAACUGAUGAGAACCUGAUGGGUUGCAAUAUUUUAUUACCUCUGAUGUGGGGAUUGCGGAGAGCGUUGAAAGUUUGCAGAUGUUUUAUCACUUCCAAGAAGGAAUGUUUCUCUGAAUGGAAUGGGACAAUGUGCUAUUAGUCACAAGACUCUAAAAGGCUGAUGAGACCCUAGGUUGCACUUUGUGGUGUAUGUGAAGAAGCUCUUGCCACAGUGACCUGACUUUACCCCCAGGGUCCGCUGUUUGCCGCAACCCAAAUGCGAUACUCUACCACUAUUCAGAGCUCCCUUGAGGAUCAAUGGGAGUUUUAGGCAAAGAAGAAGGCAGCGAAUGGGCCCAAGUUUGAUCAGUGCAUCUAUUUAAUUGUGCUCUCAUUUGCUUGUUGAGUUCCAGAAACUACCUUUAUUUGUGUAAAUGUUGUUAUUAUCUGCUCCUAGAGCAGCGGUUGGGUGAUGGCUCGUGUCCUGUGCCAUAUUGGUUUCAGGAGAAAGGGUUGAAUGCUGUCUGCUAAAAGGAAAGAACUGCGUUUUCAGUACAAGGGCAUUGAAUCAGGUCAUGGGGAUAUAACGACUGUAGAAGUAAAGUUCCUCUCAUAUACUUUAAAUUGAGCACAUAUUGCUUUUUUCAUCUUGCAAGUCUCCCUUAUUGUUUUCCUUUCAUUGCUUUUGAGUGUUUUUUGUCUCUUUUCCAAAGGUUGGAAUGCUUUAAAUAAAAGUAUUCUAAUGCCAUUGGAUCUUUCAUUAGUACAUUUAAUCUUGGUUUUCUUAGCAUAAAUAAAAGGGUUUAAUUUAUUUUUUUUAUCUCCUCCUAUAUAUGGAAAAAAAAGCAAGGCUGUUGGAGCCAAGAUUUGCUUGAGCAAGAAAAGCAGCAGCUGUGUGUACGUUAUACAUGUGUAAGUACAGCCUCAGGCUCUCCUACUCUGAAGAAAGGAAAAUAAAUUAGGAGCUUUAAAAACCUCUGUAUUGUUUUGUGAGGAGAGGGAAAGAACUGAACAGAUUUUUCUCCCCCCCCCAGAUAAAACCAAAAUGAGUCGGCUUUGAGUUCUGUCUGUAAAAGCAACAAUGGCAUUUUCUCUUGAUCGUGUGGCUGUCCUCACAAAGCAGUUCCCCUAAAAGAUGAUAAAGCUGAUAAGUGCAAGACUGAAGAAUGUUCUGAUUUAUGUGUGACUCUGUUUUGGCUCAUCUGCUUCCCUUACCAGCUGUAUCGUGUGAUACAAAUUAGUUUUCUUAGUCAAUAGGUGCAGCACAUUUUGCAUUGCCCAGUUUUUCAUUCCAAGUCUGUGAUCACUUGAAAUGGGAUGGAACUAAUUUUUCAUUGGAAACUUUAAUCCCAGUGUCGCUUCCCAUCCACAGAAGCAAACACUUCUCAUCAUGACCUCCGAAUACUUGGUUUUGUUGUUUGGAUCUCUUGUUGUAAAUACGGUGUAUUCAUAACCUCAUAUAAAAUGAGGGAUUUUCAAAUAUAAAUAGUACCAAUGCAUUUCUUCUUGUUGACCUAUUUUUGACUGUAGUAUAGCGAAUGAGCUGUCAUGCUUUUUGUUUAAAAGUUAGCAUUAGAUUCAUAGGUCUUAAUAUUUUAGCAUUUCAUUGUUUAAGCAGGAGAGGGCAGCAAAAGUUCAUUUUUCCCCAUAGGAAUGCUCUGGUCCAUUCUUGUUUUUAAAGUUAGAUGCAUUUAACUAUUUGUACGUAGGGGUGGGGAGGGGGGGCGGAAAUGAAGCAUUUUUUAUAUUAUAUUAAAAGGUGCAUAUGAAAAUAUAAAGACUGGUCCAACCAGACUGUGAACACAUCUUCUACUUACAUCAAAGUAAUAAUAACAAUGCCUUCCACCUCUGGAUAAAGUACAAGCAGGUCUUAAGCUCUUGGAUUCAAAUGUCAUUCUUUGGAAACAGGUUACUUUCUUAAAAAUGGUAUCAAACAAACUCGAACUCAAUGGUGCUCCCAGCUAUAAAUGUGUAAUCUUCCUCUUAUGCACAUGCUCAAGAGGCUCUGUACUGUGGGUGCAUCUAAAUAAAGAAGCAAUGAAGUGUU